CCUCAAGCGCAGAGAUAACGGCACAGGCACAAGACUGCAAGAAUACCUCCCAGACUCGGUGACGUCACUAAAACACACACACCCUCCUUCAGCUAUUUGGAAAACUGGCGUUGAACAGUGUUUGAGAUGAGGUACUGACUGAGGAGAGCAAGAAUUGGAAUGUCAGCCAAAGGUACUGUAGUGUGACAUUAUAUUAACGUAAACCAAAGGGAAAAGUCCUACGCUGUACAACAUAAAACUUUUGAGGAAAAUAAAUGAAACUUGCGGUUAUCCAACCGGCAUAAACACAGACAAAAAAAAAAAAAACAUGGAGAAUAUAUCAAGCCCAGAUUAUUCCAACAAAUCCUGUGACCACCCGAUGAACUACUGUGAGAACAACCGAACUGAUGCUAAUGAGACCGUAACAACAGAACAGUACUUCCACCCCGAUUUCUAUGUCCUUCUGCCCGUGAUCUACUCAGUGAUCUGUGCUGUUGGGCUCACCGGAAACACCGCUGUCAUAUAUGUGAUCCUUAAAGCUCCCAAAAUGAAGACCGUCACUAAUAUGUUCAUCCUGAACUUGGCCAUUGCCGACGACCUCUUUACUCUGGUGCUGCCUAUUAACAUCGCUGAGCACCUUUUGCAUUACUGGCCAUUCGGCGAAGUGCUGUGCAAAGUAAUCCUAUCAAUUGACCACUACAACAUCUUCUCGAGCAUCUACUUUCUGACGGUGAUGAGCAUCGAUCGUUACCUGGUGGUGCUCGCGACGGUGCAGUCCAAGACAAUGCCACACCGCACCUACAGGGCGGCCAAAAUAGUUAGCCUGUGCGUCUGGAUCCUGGUGAUCCUUAUUGUCCUGCCUUUCACCGUCUUUGCUCGGGUCUUCACCAUUACGGAUGACCUGGACAGAAAGAGCUGUGUCUUGAGUUUCCCCAGCUCCGAGAGCUUUUGGUUCAAAGCCAGUCGGAUAUAUACCCUGAUUCUAGGCUUUGUCAUUCCUGUUUCUACCAUCUGCAUCCUGUACACGAUGAUGCUUUACAAACUUAGAAAUAUGCGCUUGAACUCCAACGCGAAGGCCCUGGAUAAAGCCAAGAAGAAGGUGACCAUCAUGGUCUUCAUCGUCCUCGCAGUGUGUCUCUUCUGCUGGACCCCGUUUCAUCUUAGCACAGUAGUAGCUCUGACCACGGACUUGCAGACCACUCCUUUGGUGAUAGGGAUAUCGUACUUUAUCACUAGUCUGAGUUAUGCCAACUCUUGCUUGAAUCCGUUCUUGUACGCUUUUCUAGACGACAGUUUUAGAAAAGCCUUUAAGAAAAUGUUAGAAUGUAGACCUGCUUAAAGAACGUGUGUGGCUCAUUAUAUUCUCAAUAUAUUUUAGAACAAAUAUACUACAGUAUAUUGUAUAUAAUGACUAUAAUGGCUUUGAUAUAUUUUUUCAGACUGUUUCUAGUAAACGUAGUUCAUAUUCUUGAUUUGUAUCAUUUUUUUUCUCUUUUCUCAUACUUUCACACAUUGGCUGUAUUUUUUCUUUAAAUUGUCGCUUUAUAUAUUGGGUUUUGUCGCCCUCUUGUGUAAAAUAUUGGUACAGUACAACUAUGUAGAGCAGCGGCAUUCACGCAUACAUUUGUAUCCGCAACUAUUGCAAUUCUUUUUACGUCAACAUUGAAUGACAAUAUUUUUGUAAACAUGUUGUACAAAUGUAAAUGUUAAAACAUGGUGGGGAAUAGUUAGGCAUACUGUACUUAAAUUUGACAGUAUUUUGUUUAAUGAAUUUAGUUAUUGAAUUUGGCCUUCAGUGUUUUAAUACAUAAUAUUUUAAUAUAAUAAAACAGAAACAUUAAAUGUAGUUAUAAGUUAUGAAACUACAGUUUAAGGUGUAUAAUUAAGGCGCUUUGGUAUAUGAUAUGCUUUCUUAUUUGUUUGUUUGUUAUUCUCUGUAUUAAUCAACAUUGAUUGAUUGUGAAUUUCUAGCUGCCAGUAAUGUGCUUAAGAUAGAAGGAUUGUAGAAACUUAUUUUGUACACUUGUAUUGAUUACUGAUUCCUUGAUAUGUGUUUUUUUUUAAUAUAAGAUCAUAAAGCACAGCAUACACUUGCAGAAAAUGUGUAAAAUGUGUCCAAAAGUCCUUCAAAUUACAUUCAUUACAGUACCUUCACAUGCUAACUGCCAAACGCUGUAUGUAAAUUGUAU